AUGUUCCGGAGCCUGCUGGUGGCGGCGGCGCAGCGGCCGCAGGGCCCGGCCGGCCCCCCCCGCGCCGCCCCCGGGCCCGGCGCCGCGGCCGAGGCGCUGGAGGCGCAGUUCAGCUGCCCCAUCUGCCUCGAGGUUUUCCACCGCGCCGUCGGCAUCGCGGGCUGCGGGCACACGUUCUGUGGGGAAUGCCUGCAGCCCUGCCUGCAGGUGCCCUCCCCGCUGUGCCCGCUCUGCCGCGUGCCCUUCGACCCCAAGAAGGUGGAGAAGGCUUCCAGCGUGGAGAAACAGCUCUCGUCCUACAAGGCUCCCUGCAGAGGCUGCAGCAAGAAGGUGACCCUGGCCAAAAUGCGCUCGCACGUCUCGUCCUGCGCCAAGGUGCAGGAGCAGAUGGCCAACUGCCCCAAGUUUGUUCCAGUGGUCCCCACAUCCCAGCCUAUUCCCAGCAACAUUCCCAACCGCUCCACGUUCGUGUGUCCGUACUGCGGGGCGAGGAACCUGGACCAGCAGGAGCUGGUGAAGCACUGCAUGGAGAACCACAGGAAUGACCCCAACAAAGUGGUGUGCCCGGUGUGCUCGGCCAUGCCCUGGGGGGAUCCCAGCUACAAGAGUGCCAACUUCCUGCAGCACCUGCUCCACAGGCACAAGUUCUCCUACGACACCUUCGUGGAUUACAACAUCGACGAGGAGGCGGCGUUGCAGGCAGCCCUGGCUCUGUCCCUCUCUGAGAACUGAGGCUGAUCCCUCUCCCUGCCCUGGCUCCUUCUGGACACUCCAGGAACCCUCUGGAGCCCCUCUGCUGCCUCUGUUCCCACUGCAAUUCCCACCUUGUUGAAGAAGGUGGAGCCUCUCCAGUUGUCCCAGUGAGUGAGCAGAGAGCAGUGGAGCAGGGCUGGGAUCACUCCUUGGAUUGGUGUUUAAUAUCCGUGUUGGGAGCUUUGCCCUGUGUCCAGAUCUAUUUAUUGCUAGAUGCUUUUUGGCACACUCGUCCCUGCUCUCUGGUGCAGCAGAAUAGGUACCUGAAACUGAUGGAUGCCAAACACCCUCCUUUGGGACUGGAAUCGGCCACAUCCUUUGAAAAAGGAGGAAGGCAGCACGGAGCUUCUUUUUUUAAACUCUCCAAGGAUUUUUCUAGAGAUGUCAGGCUGUCCUGACCCCCGUGCUGGAGGCUGGAGCUGCCUCCUUCACCUGAACCCCAGGAUGAGACUGAAGAGUGGUUCAGAGGAGGCCUGGAGGACGGCAUCCAGCGCCCAGGGAAACCUCCCCUUCCUCGUUUUGUACCGGCUCUUGGGACACCGAAUCCUUGCCUUUUUCUACACAAAGCAGUGAAGCCUUUUCCACGUUUUCUAGAGCGGGCUCAGAAGCUGCUCCCCUUCACUCUGCAAUAUCUGCCACCCAGGACAAGAGUAUUUUUAUGGAACAUUAUCAAGAAAGUUUAUUUUUUACACAGAUAACCCAAGCAAAUGAACACGUGGAUUGGGAACGGGGCAGGAGCUGGAUCCUGGAGCAGGUCAGACUCUGGGGUAGGGGGAAGUGCAGGGAUCUUUCUGGCACAUCCCUGGAUAUUUCUGGGCCUUUCCCUUCCCUCAGCAGAGUUCCUCUGCCUGUGAGGGAGCAGGCAGGAUGCUUGGGUUGGAUCCAGGUGCUGGCUGCCCGUGGAAUGGCUGUCCAUGCAGGAUCCCAGCCUGAUCCCCCCAGAAAUCAGGGACUGCAUCUCCUGUGGGAAUCCCUCCCUGGGAAUGGGACACUGUUGAUCCAAGGUGCUCCACAGCAUCCUGGUGCCCCCUUCUCCUGCCUCUGAGCCCUGCCUGCUGCUGCUGGGGUUAGCUCUGGAGGGCUGGGAGAGGCUGGCAGGGAGAUGGCACCAGCCACGGGGUGAUUCCCGAGAGCCUUCCUGCAGGAUUUGCAGGGAAGGGCUGGGAGAGGCCCCCUCUGCUCGGGGAGUUCCUGAGCUUUAUCCAAAACCUGCUUCCAGCUCUGCUCUAGCAAUACUGCCUUGGGCUUUGUUCUGGUUUUCAUAGUGCUGGCUGAUUUUGGGACCUGCAGCCCUGCAGGGAGCCCUGAGCUCCCCAGGCAGGGCAGGGAAAGGGAUGGGGCCUUCUCUGACCUGCCCAGCAGUGCUGGCACCUGGGGCAUGUUCCUGUGGCAUGGAGGGCACUGGAAUCUUCCAGGAGGGACCCAGGAGCAUUUCCCUGUGCUGUGCUCAGCUGGGACCCUCAGCUGCUGCAGCACUGUUAGCCUCGGGCUCCUUCCCUCUCUCCUCCUUCUCCUUUUUGCCCCACAGAGACAGAGCAGGGGCAGCAAGAGCUGCUUUUGUAAAGCACUUUAAGGCCCUGGGUGUGAGGGGCCGCACCAGGCUGUGCCAGGGGUCCCCUCUGUGCCAGGGAUCCCUGGAUAUCCCACUGGCUGUGCCCACCAGUGCAUCACCCACCACUUUUUUGCAUAAUUAGAACUUUUAACGAGCCGUCCUGUUUUUUGAAGAGGAAUUAACUCGAUGACGUAUUUGUAGCAAACCAUUUUUCUCAAUAAAGGCAGUUU